ACAAUGGGUAAACGUAAGUUGAAGGAGGAGAACUUUACAAGUGGGGAAUGUAUCUCAAAGGUACAACAGAUACUUCGUGAAAGAUUUUGUCAUCCAAGUCCAAGUGCAAAGUUGUUUGGAAUGGAGCUUCAGUACAAGCAUUUAUCUGAGCUAUUAAAACGUACUGCUGUCUAUGGUGAAAGCAACUCUGCACUCAUUAUUGGACCCCGAGGCUCAGGAAAAACUCUGUUAAUACAUCACACCUUAAAAAAGCUCAUGGAAGUGAAGCAAGUGAGGGAUAACAUCUUACAGGUUCAUUUAAAUGGACUACUACAGACCAAUGAUAAGAUUGCCCUCAAGGAGAUUACAAGACAGCUAAAUCUGGAGAAUGUGGUCGGAGAUAAAGUUUUUGGUAGUUUUUCAGAAAACCUUGCAUUUCUUCUUGAAGCAUUAAAGACAGGUGACCGUGCUCACAGUUGUCCAGUGCUAUUCAUUUUGGAGGAAUUUGAUCUUUUUGUUCAUCAUAAGAACCAGACUUUGCUGUAUAAUCUCUUUGAUGUAUCCCAAUCUGCACAGACACCUAUAGCUGUUAUUGGUCUGACUUGCAGACUGGAUGUUCUAGAACUCCUGGAGAAGAGAGUGAAAUCGAGAUUUUCCCACCGACAGAUAUAUUUAAUGAAUUCUUUUGAUUUUAAAAAAUACACUAAUAUUUGUAAAGAACAGCUAUCCUUGCCUUCAGAAUUUCCAGAAAAAACCUUUGCUCAGAAAUGGAAUAAGAAUGUGCAGUCUCUCUUUGAAGACCAAACCAUUCAAGAUGUGCUGCAAAAUCAAUACCAUUAUAGUAAAGAUCUGCGAUCUCUCUACCUGCUGUUGAUGCUUGCUUUAAGAAGUGUAACUAUAUCCCACCCAUUCAUCAGUUCAUCAGACAUUCUUGAAGCAAGCAAACUGUGCAGAGUGGACUCAAAAGCAAACAUUGUACACGGUCUGUCUGUGUUGGAAUUCUGCCUCAUAAUAGCUAUGAAACACUUAACUGAUAUUUAUGAAGGGGAGCCUUUCAACUUCCAGAUGAUUUAUAAUGAGUAUCAGAAGUUUGUUCAGAGGAAGGCACACACUGUCUACAGCUUUGAGAAACCUGUGGUUAUGAAGGCAUUUGAACAUUUGCAGCAGCUCGAGUUAAUAAAGCCUGUGGAAGGGCUUUCUGCAUGUGCACAGAAAGAAUACAUGCUAAUGAAACUACUUUUGGACAACAAUCAAAUAAUGGAUGCUGUGCAGGUCUACCCAAACUGCCCAACUGAUGUAAAACAAUGGGCUACGUCUUCACUAAACUGAAGGAUGAAUGUCUUCCUGAGAGUGACAGAG